AUUUUUCCCGCCAUUGCGCUAAAAUUCACACAAUCGAUCUACUCUGUCUCUACCUAUCUACUGGAUCUGCAUUGGUAACAACUAUAGAUCCAUCGAAGUUUACCCGGAAAAGAUGUCCGGCCAAUCCGACCCUCGAUGUUCUACAUUUUCAGCCGCCGAGUUGGAGUUUUUAGCGGAGGAUGAAACAAUGGAGAUUGUUCCGAACCUAAGAAUGGAGCGCCUCAGUUUGAUUUCCGGUGAUUUUGGUCCGUUUCGGCCACAAAUAGCUACUCAAGUUCCAAUAUGGUUAGCCGUUGCUUUGAAGAAGAGAGGGAAGUGCACGAUUCGCCCUCCAGAUUGGAUGUCUGUUGAAAAGCUGACUCUGGUUUUGGAGGCAGAGCGUGACUCUGCUAGUUCUUUCGAAGCACUGCCAUUUCAUUAUGUUGAGAUUUCAAGGCUUCUUUUUGACCAUGCUCGUGAUGACAUUCCUGAUGUAUAUAUGGUAAGAUCUCUUAUUGAAGACAUUAAAGAUGUAAGGUUUCACAAAAUUGGCACUGGCUUAGAGAAGCUUUCAUCCCGGACAUAUGCAAUGAAGCUAAAUUUAUCUGCAAUGGAAGUGAAUGUAAUACGUCCAUUUGUUACGGGAGGGCUAGAAACAUUUUACAAACUUGGGAAUCCGGAGAUGAUCCAAGAAUCAGAAAGACAGGAAUACAGACGACCCCAAGCAGCUGAUCGGGGGCCAAGACGUGAAUUGCGACGAUAAAGACCUCUUCAACAGGGAUGUCUUCUGAAAUCAUCUGCAUAUCCAUCAAAAAGACAGAAACAAUGUUCAAAAGCGAGAAUGGAAGGUACUGCGAGUCAUUGGGUUAAUUUCUACAGAACCUUUUCAGCCAUUGAUGAUGGUCAAGAGUUGAUCCUGAAACUCCUUUUGAUUCAUUAAAAGAAAAUUUGUACCCCAAAUUUCUGAUACAAAGUGAGGUGGCUUGUACUGUUUGUUUAUAAUGGAGAAAAGUAUCAAGAUUCUA